CCCCCACUUAUUGUCGUUGCCUGCGGCUCUGCGACCCUUUUCAUUGCACAGAGCGGACAAGGCAGACCCGUUUAUUUAGCGCCCGCAUGUAUUUUACCCGAUACCCGCGCCGCAACCCCGCAUGUUGCAACCGCCGCACAACCGCAUCGGGCGAGUAAAGGAAGUAAUCCGAGUGAUAGAAAUAGGGUCCUGAUGAGAUGAUCAAUCCGGUUGCUGGGGUUAGGGGCGCGAAAGGAAGCGGCGCGGUUGGGGGUUGAAAAGGUUAAGAUGGGUGCUGAAGGAGCGAGAGAGGAAAAGGUACUUGCUACUUGCUUUACUACCAAUUACGCUCUAUUACUGCUGCUGGAGUCGCAUUCACGUCUCACUCCAAGCUUAAUACUUAUCUGUUUCAUCCUUUACUAAAGCGGCCGUCUCCCUUCCACCCUUCUAUACCAACAAAAUCCAAACCAGUCGCACGAAUCGACAUAGUACCCAUAUUAUCACCACCAUGCACACCACCACCCUCAUCACCCUCUUCCUCACCACGCUCACAACCGCCCACCUCCUCCCCCCACAACCCCCCCACCCCUACAUCCUCCCUCGCGCUGCCCCAUCAAUCCAAGACCAAUGCACCUUCACCCUCUACCACAAACAAAUCUCCGCCAACCCCCGCAAAAACUACAUCUACCUCCCCACCCUCACCGAUCAUGCAAACAACAUCGUCAUCGACAUCGCAGCCACGCGACCGGCGCAGGAACGUAAUUCGUACACAAGGCUGUCGGUGACGCGGAAGUAUGCUGUCAAAGGGUUGUUGGGUGGUGAGACGUUGACAAUUAGUGCGCGGGACGGUGGUGAUGGUUUGGGGUUUGAGAUGGGAGAUUUGAGGUGGGAAGCUGAGGGGAAAGAGGGAGGUGUUGAGGAGAUGGAGGGAGAGGUGGGGUGUCGGGUAGGGGAGUGGGUGGAGAGUGGGUUGAUUAAUAGAGAACGGAAGCUUGAGUGUGCAUUUCCUUGCGGGAAGAUUGAUGAGGCAGAGGAGGAGGAGGAGGAGGAGGAGGAGGAGAGGGAGGAGUUGAAGUAGGUUAUGGGAUCGAGUGCAAUGGAGAUUCGAGGUUUCAGGUUUUGGUCACUCGAGAGAUCAGUGUGUGGUCGGAAUUGUAAGAUAUGAUAUUGUAAAUAUCGCAGAAAAGCGACAGAGAGGUUCUAUUCUAUUCUUAAUUCUUUCCAAAAAAAACCGCCAUAAGCAUUCUGCCUCAUCCCAAAUACCAAAAAAA